CAACUGGGCUGCUGGCCACGACUGACAAGAGUCAAGAAUCUUCUUAACCUUCGCACGUGAACCCGCCCUACCCAUCACCUGUCGCUCCUGUGACUGUUCCAUACGCCUCGCGCACCUCACCUGGCCACCCACCUAACAACAACCAUUCUUGAGCGCUUUCGAGCGCGCGCGCCUAGGCUUGGAAUCCACUCAGCCACGCUUUGCUGCUUAGUAUCACAACCAGAUCAGCACUUUUCAGCCGCGAAAUCAGCACACCGACAACCGACGGUCUCAUAACCUCAGGCAUCAGCGACUCCCCAGGCCUGACUCCAUUCACACAAACGCGCCUCACCAGGCAGAACAUCAACAACACCUUGGCACAGCCAGCGCAUACGAUCUACCGAAAAUGGCGCUCAACGGAGUGCGCCGGAAAGACACGACCAAGGGACCGCCGCUGCGCGUUCUGUCGUUAGACGGCGGCGGCGUGCGGGGGUACUCCAUGCUCAUCAUCCUCCAGGAAUUGAUGCACCGCACUUUUGUCGAAACCGAAGGACGAGCCCCAAAACGGCACGAAGUUCCCAAGCCAUGCGAACACUUCGAUCUCAUUGUAGGCACCGGCACAGGAGGCUUAAUAGCUAUCAUGCUGGGGCGGCUGAGAAUGGACGUUGAGACAUGCAAGGACGUCUACGUGCGCAUGACGAGGAGAGUCUUCGAGACUGACAAGACAUUUGCUGGCAUACCGUAUCGGUCGACAUUGUUCAAGGCAUCAAAGCUGGAGGAGGCCAUUAUGCAAUGUGUUCGCGAACACACCAUUUACGACGACGAGGGCAACGACAAUCACAACGGGCAGGAUGCACCGCCCAUGACCCCCGGAAGCGCAAUUUCGGGCCGCAUGCAAAGAAGCGCUAGUAACGCCAGCAACUACAGCCAGAUUGGCAUGACGCCCGUGAAUAUGCGCAUAGCCGCCAUGAAGUGGGGGAACCCUCACGCUCAGCUAUACGACAACAGAGAAGAGCGCACUAAGACCGCCGUCACAGCUGUCUACAAGGGCACCAACAAAUCUGGCAACGGCCAGGUUCUCCUCCGCUCCUACGAUUCCCGCAAAGAACCUCCGAUCGAGCCAAACGCCACGAUAUGGCAAGCCGGCCGAGCAACUUGCGCGACUGCCCUAGCAUUCAAGCCAAUUCAGAUCGGCCAAUCCGUCUUCCUCGACGAGGGCUCCGGAAAAUACAACCCAGCCCCUAUGGCUCUCGAUGAGGCUGUUUGCAAUGAGUGGCCUGGACGCGAAGUUGGUGUUUUUAUAAGCAUAGGAACCGGAAAGCGGCCAGAAGGCACAAACGCGCAACAGCAUCUGUGGUGGGAAGGCUUCGUUUCCGGUGGCAUGGGUGACUUUGCAGAGGCGAGACGGAAAUUGAUCCAGAAGAUUGAAGACUGCGAAAGGACACACAAGGAGAUGAAGGACCACCUUGCGAAAAGACAAGUCAAUCCUGAGAACUACUACCGUUUGAACGUCAACGUCGGUGUGGGAGAGUUUGGAAUGAAUGAGUGGAAUGCGCUCGCUGAAAUCAGCACCAAUACGCGCAUGUACUUGGCAGACAAGGGAGUACAGGGCAUGACACUUGACUCGGCAGCAAAGAUUGCAAGGAUACACUUCGCAAAGGUGCGAUGGGAGCGCGCAGCCAAGGGAGAGUCACCAUUCUCGCCAGGCGCUCAAGCACCAAACAAGCCUCUUCCAACCGUCCCGGACCCAGCGCCCAUGGCAGUCGAACUACCAGCCGAAGAGCUGGCGCCAGAAUACUACACCAACAUACAUCCCGCCUUCCGCCCUCCGCCAGAACCGCGCCGGCCAUCAGACAAUGACAAGUUCCUGGUCGUGUCCUCGGACGAGUAUCCGCAGUCAGCGGCGAGUACAGAUGGAUUCAGCGACUUCCAACCCAGACAUUCGGGCGAACUAGUGUCACCAGGACGUCGCUCGGAUGAGCAAUUUUCGGCAGGACGUCCAGUAUCCUGGAUGAGCUCUGCGCCCAGCUGGGAUGAUCGUCUUUCCAACGCUCCACCUAGACCACCUAAGACACCUUUGCAGGAUGGACUUCACCCCCCGCCUCUAUCAGGUACACGCACAUCACCCCCCGCUGGCUCUUCCUUCGCAAGGCCCCCUCCUGGUGCACCUCUGCCGUACCCAGAUACUGACGGUCCGCCACCGAUUGUCAACAAGGCGACGAAGCCGGAUUACACGCGGUAACAAAGUGCGAGGUCAAUCUUCUUUUUGCAUAUAUGCUUGAAUGGUGUGUGGAGUCUUGCAUGGUCUAUCUUCACAAGGGAGUGCCCAUAUCACGAUAUUUCACGGCUGAUGGUUUCGUUGAGAGAAUAGUUUAGAUACCCAUCGAAGUUUUCUUUGUUUUGCUCAAUGUCAUGAACUUUUUUGCAUAGCUAAUCGUCUUUCCAUGCCGCUUUUCGUGUCUAUCCGUCA